AGAAAAAAAAGCAGAAGGACGCGUCACAUGACUGCUCGAGCACUUCGCCUGUCUGUUGACACUGUCAGCUCAUCAUUUUUGCUGAACCCUUUAAAGAAAUCUGCUAAAUGGCUAGUUGUUUUCCGAGUUUGUCCGAGCUUGUUUCGGAGGCCCGGCGACUGUACGGACAGAUGUUCGGUGAGGAGCCUGCUCGAGUGGCGGUUUGCGCGCCUGGAAGAGUGAACCUAAUAGGAGAGCACACCGACUACAACCAGGGACUCGUGCUUCCAAUGGCGCUUCCUCUAGUGACUGUGGUGGUGGGUAGUGAAAUAUCCGGCCAGGAUGUUACCGUGGUAACCGCAGCCUUCGACGCUGACGAGCCUCACCGAUUGGACUUCUGCCUGUCUAGUGAUGGAUCUGCACUGUCUCCAGGGUUACCCCGCUGGGCCAACUAUGUAAAGGGUGUUAUACACCAUUACAGGGCUUCUCCAGUCCCAGGUUUCAGGGCAGUGAUAGCCACCAGUGUCCCCCUGGGUGGAGGACUGUCCAGCUCUGCCUCUCUAGAGGUGGCCUUUUACACCUUCCUGCAGCAACUCAAGCCAGAUGAUGGAAACCAGGUGUCCAAAGCAUUAGCCUGUCAGCAGGCUGAACACACUCAUGCUGAUGUACCCUGUGGCAUUAUGGAUCAGUUUGUAUCUGUUCUUGGCAAGGAGGGACAUGCAUUGCUCAUUGACUGCAGAUCGCUGGAGGCCACCCCUGUUCCUCUGACAGAUCCAGGCCUGGUCAUUCUCAUCACCAACUCCAAUGUAAGGCACUCUCUGAGCUGCAGUGAGUAUCCCAUAAGACGCAGGCAAUGUGAGACGGCUGCCUCCAUUCUGGGGAAAGACAGUCUGAGGGAUGCUACGAUGAAGGACCUAGAGGAGGCCAGGGGAAGGAUGGAUGAUGUUACCUACAGAAGAGCUCGCCAUGUAAUUGAGGAGAUCCAAAGAACUGUCCAAGCUGCUAAGUCUCUAGAAAGAGGAGAAUACAAGGAGUGUGGCAAACUUAUGGUUGAGAGCCACAACAGUCUGAGGAGAAAUACAGUGGGACUGCGACUUUCUAUGUCACAACUCCUGCACAGGGCGCGCAAGUUCUCACUUUGUCCUGACGUUUGUCAACAUCUCUGCAUUCCUUCCGAGAUUAUUUCUUCUUUAUAGGCUAAUUAUUUGAUUUUCUUCCUUUAAUUUUAUUAAAGUGGUGUAUUGCAAUACACACUAAUGUUGAUUCAAAAGGGUUGAGUAAGUGCCUUUAUUGUUGAAACAUGUUUAUAAGAAAACUUUGCUUAAGAUAACUUGUAGCAACUGCUUAAUAUUUUUGAUAUGGAAAUCCAGCUGAGUUUAUUUACGAUUUAUAAUUUUAUAUUGAUCCCACAUCUCUAUUAAUAAACCAUGUUUUUAAAAUGUGAAUGUUUUCAUAACUUUUUUGUUUUAACUUGUUUUUUGUUUUUGUUUUUUUCAUUUUAAUUCUAUAUUGAAAUUAGUCAGCUAAUAUUAGCACACAGAUGAAUUUCACUUAAAUGUGAAGGUCAGUUUCAGUAAACUUUUCUUUUGUGGGGUUAAUAUAUGACCACUGACUGCUGAAUUUAAUUUAGACAAACAGGAAAAUUGCAGUAAACAUGUCCACCAUCUCAUGCAUUACUGACUACCCAAAGAUAGACUGUAGCCUUUGAGCCUGAGCAGUGCUCUGUCUAAUUUGAUGAUAAUUUGAGAACAGGAGUUCCACAGGGGAUUAUGCUGUCUCCAUUCCUGUUCACCUUGUACAGCUCAGACUUUCAGUACAACUCUGGGUUUGGUCACCCACAGAAAUACUCACGAGUCUGUAAUGUGUUAAUGAUGGGCAGAAAGGGUAUAGAGCUUUAUUGAAUGAUUUUGUAGAGUGGCAGGAAUCAUUUACUUCUGAAUGUGAAUAAGACCAGAGGAAUGGGUAUCAACAUCAGAAGGAAAAAGGCAGCUACAUGACCGGUGUCAAUCCUGUGACAAAGUGGUCAUUUGUGGGUUGAGCAGCAGAGUUGCGAAUGUGGAGUGGGCACAUGAAAAACGUCUUCCCUGCCAGUAGCAAACAGCUUUUUUCUCUUUUAUUAUAUUGAAGAAUAGAAGUCUGAAGAAACAAGACAUAUUUGCAAUUUAUUCAUCUAACAAACAGGGGCCUCUGUAGAAUGUGGAAGAGUCAUACACACCGUGUGCCCUCAUUCUCA